CGAGAACAAGGAGAACCCUUCCAAAAACCUUGGAAUUCAGAUAUGGACGACGGACGCGAAAGUAAGUGUACCACUCGGGCUGUGAGAUUAGUAGUAGUUUAGGCAGCAGGAAUGAGGGCUGAACACUGUCCUGACGAAGCGGAGCUCACAGUGCUGAUAACCCACCGCGUAAACGAUUUUCUCAUGCCGCUAUUUGAGGGACUUGUUUACGAGCAUAAUAAAAAAGCCCACGAGCAUGAUGAAGAAGCCAACAAGCAUGAUGAAGACGCCAACAAGAUCUACAAAGUUUUCGCGGAAUGGCGAGAAGGAGAAGGUUUCAAAUACACGGUUAAAAAGGUAGAACAAGAGGCAAGCGAGUCCGUUGAAGGAGCGAGCGGAUCCGGCACGGCACACGACUUCCCAGCUUCGGAUGCACCUGUUUCGCAAGGCAAGAAGAAAGUAAUAAAAACCUUAUACGAGAUUGACGAGGAGACCUGGGUGAGAAGGGCCCUUGCAGAAGGCUUUGAAACGAAGGAAGCAAAUGGCUAUCCUCAACAUGAAGUUGGCAAGCAUCCAACAGCCUUGCUGCAGAAGCGAGCCCUUCGGGCCUCCAACUCGGACGGGCGCUCAACGCGCCCUGCUUCGACUUCCACUGAUUCGAACCGCAAUCAGAAGGAUAAGUCGUGCGGCGAGGAGCACGGAAGCAAGCAGCAGUCUUUGGAAAAAAGGGGCUGCGUCCAAAGUCGGACGACUUCUCCGCCCCGCGGCCAAUCAACAACACCGCUUCAGCCAGGACAAAAGCUCCCGGAUCUCAGCCCCAUCGAUUGGACAAAAGAUCAGGAUCAAGCUGCGGAGGGCUCCGUCAAAGACUUAGUCAAUGACGAUUACAAGCAAAGGCUUGAGGCAUCAGUGAAUGCGCGCCAAAGUAUCGUCUUUGACCACGUAUUCACCCUUGAACGGGAGGCACUUUAUUUCGAUGUUGAGGUUGAGGCCUUUUAUGAGAAUCACGAGAAACUCUACAAAUUGGAAGGGAAGCAAAUUGCCCAGCUUGACGGCGGGGAUUGGUCUUAUAAAAAUCACAUGGUCCUGCGAGAAGGAGAGGCAAGUGGGUCCGGGACGGCACACGAGCAACCUUCGUUGGCAAAAAGGGGGUUUACCCAGAGUAGACCGGUACCACCGCCUCCGAGUCAAACGGAGUUACCGAAUCGUGGACAGAGUUCACCCGUCCGUCGAACGACGUCAUCGGUCCAUCGACGAGAAUUGCCAGUCCGCCGGUCGGAGUCAGCAGUCGGUCCACAGACGCACAGACAGUCUAAAGAGUCGGAAGAGGUGCAAAUGAUUUCCGAAGCCGACGCUGCUGCCGAUACGUUAUUUACGGAAGAAGUCAGGCGCUCUCUCGAGGAGAAAAUGAAGCAUAGAACCACUUUUCUAUGGGGAGCAAGGCUCGAAAGCUCCUCCUUGGCAAAACGAUUCGAUCAGGAGCUUCGCCAUCUGCUCAAGACUGAUUACAAAGACUUCGAGUUUGUGUAUCCGAAGGAAAAAAAAUCCUUUGUUGGCAUACUUCGCGGCCUUGACUAUAGAUGUCUUUUACGACCCCGCACAGGUAACAAACCUGUGGCAAGCGGUGCCGAGACAACAUCAGGUAUUACUUUGCCUGGCUCACAGAGGCAAGAAGGAGAGCCGUCAACCUCGUAUUCUCCAGAUCAGUGGAACAGGAGGUCCACCGCAGAAGCAAGUUCGAGCACGACCCGUGGACGGCACUGCGCCGUUCGAAAUGGGGUCAAGUCCCACGCGCGUGCACCAGGCUCACCGUCAUCCGAGGGCCGCAAAUUUAUCUCCGGUAGCCACGCGCGACUUUCCCCCGACCACCACCCGCUGCGCCACGACAGAGGUGCAGCACUGGGAAGCUCAGCAAAGAAGCCAGCCAGAAACGAGAAGGGGUUCGAAACGCGCUUCGCAAAGAGAGGGGCCUGUUGCUCGAGUGAUACAGUGUCGGAGCCCGUGUCGGAGCCCGUGUCGGGGCCUGUGUGGCAGCCACCAGACCACUCAGUUGCUGGAACUGAGUCGGUCGGUGGACUCGACGACCCAUUCGAAAUCUGGAAGAGCCAAAAUACACGGGAAAUCAAGACCGCAAUUGAGAAUGCAAACCAGAAUAAAGAGGCCAUACUCAACGUGGAAUCUCCGUUUGAUGAUCCAGAGACCACCAACAAAUUCAGGACGGAUGUCUGGUCCUGGGCCAGGAAAGAGCGAUUCACAAUCUUGAAGGAGCGCAAAUCACGACGUACUGAUCUUGGUCCUUAUCGUUAUAGGGCUACUUUACAGACGGACCCGUCGAUGGACGCGACCUGUUCCGAAACGGCAGAAAGGCCUCGAGAAAUGCCCCCUCUAGAGACGGACGACGAAGAAGAAGGAGAAAGUUCGACACAGGACCGAUCGAAGGCUUGGGCCACGUCUCCCAGUCGAGCGACAAAGGGGAAAACAACACCUAGUCGGAGCUUGCGCAAGAGCAGGGGAGAGUAAAGGAGGCUCAGCAGGAUCCAAGCUGGUCCAUUUGCGAGGUAAGCCUUACAGGUCGCGCGCACAGCACUCGUCAAAGUGGCUGAGCAGGGUGGCAGAGUGCAGAUUCGUAGUUACUU